AUGACCCAUCUCACCCCCACAUCUCUCCUGUUCUUCUCCAUGGCCAUAGUGAUUAGCUAUGUCUACUUCUGGUGGCAUCUGUGGUACUACGACCGCUUCGUAUCCAUCUUUCCGACCCGUCGUCAAGCGUUCAAAUGUAUCAUGACUUGGUUGUAUCUAGCGACGCACAUGUUGUAUGGCACAUUCGCCAUGGUUCUGACCUGUAUAAAGUACAGUGUGGGGUAUAUGACAAUUCCCAAUGUUGGGACCAUUCCCACUCCGUACCUUCGAUGGCCGCACCAUUUUCAAGUCCUAGUAGCGCCAUUGUACUUCGUUCUCGCGGCUGCUUUAGUCCUGCACGUAUCGAAGAGACGUGCUACUGGAUCCACCUCGCUCAAUCCAUCCGUGGCCGGUCUAUCAAAUCGUGGCUUUCUUCAAAAAUGGUUCAUGGUCUGGUUCAUAGGGUCCAUCGGCGGAGCGAUGAGCAUCUUUGCGGCAGCGGUGCCGUUCAGAGAUGAUCCGCAACAGAUGGAAACGAACAUCCUCUUCGCGGCCGCGAUCUGGACCGUCGUCGCUACUAUUGCUUCGGUCUACGUCGUUGUCAAGUUCCCCGAGCUCAUUCGUCAAGUGAUCUUCUGCAUACCUUUCCUAGCCAUUAGCAUCGACGGUCUAACGUCACAGCACGAGAUAGGACAUCGAGAGUAUCUUACAGACUUGUUACUCAUGGUGGGCUUCUUUGGCCUCUUCGCACGCAGCAUUUUGUCUAUCCUCAUCCUAUUCCCACCGAUGAAGCGUUUCGGUUCGUCAGAACGGUCAACGACCAUAACUCUCAUCCAUUCGUCACCUGUCAAGCUCGGACCUAGCCACUUCACCAAAUCGUUGGUAGAGAUCGAGGAUGCUAGACAGAAGGAAAAUGAACAGAUCAAAUCACAACUGAGCAUCGUCGCUCCGUUCGCCACGCCGCCUGCGACUCCCAUUCCCUAUGAUGCAAAAUCCUGGGAAGCAGAUCAAAAAGACCAGAUGGAAGAUUAUAUCCGCGCCAAAAGACCGGUCCAACAGGCUCAGGUCAGGGAGCACCAAAGUGCGACUCAGGAGGCCUUCUCGCGACUCGGUUCUCCACUUCAAGCUCUUCGUAAUCCGUUUCAAGGCAACGAGUCUCGUCGCGAGUUGCCAUCUGCAGGUUCCCAUCGAGAGGGUUUCGGGGAAGACGCUGCGGGCAAGCAAUAUGCUUGGAGUAUGCUGGCGGACCAUCUGAGAUUGCCAGAGACCGCCAUGGGCUUGAUGAGUAUAGAGAUGACGGAGACGAACAAGAAGUGGCGAGAAGCACAGAGAAAGGUAGAGCAGCAGUUCUUCCCGGGAACCAUGACCCAGACCCAACGAGAAAUGACCAUCCGAUUCAAAGAUCACUCCGAGCGAUUUCGAUCUCCUAGACCCAGUGUGGAUCCAUCAGAGAACGAGCGACCAGGUCCUCGUCGAGCCUCAUCACCUGGUACAACUCCUGAACCUGGACCACCUGUGCCUAUCCUCCAGCUGGACGACUCUGUCUUGUACCCUUCCUAUGCCGCGGAUGGCCUUCCAACGGGCCAAUCUGGUCAAUUUGCACAUCGAUGGUCUGGCGCCUCCGCCCGAGCGAGCAACACCGGCACCUCCACCAACGGCACGACUACUACGCCCAGAGGUCGACAACAUUCGCUCAAGCGCAAGGCUUUACCAAAACUGCCUUCAACUUCCCUAUGAUGCAGCUGCCUCUGGGCAUAGGGUAUGGGCUGGGAAUCCAGGAGGAUCCGGAGGACAGAGUGAAAUUGCCAGACACAUCCUCUCGGAUUUCGCCGAAGAGCUUGCGAAAGGAGCGGAUUUGAGCUCACGUUCAGGACAACACUCCCAAGCGUGAUUGGAUCGACUGGAUCAGUCUGCUGCGCCGCUUAUCGGCUUUUGAUCAUGAGCAAGGCGUCUCUAUUCUCAAGCCUUCACAAGCAUGC